AUGGAUCCUGCCGCUAUUAAUGAAUUAUUAUAUGCCAGUUCAGACGAUGAAAGUUUUAGCGAAAAAAUACUGCUUUUGUUUGUGAUACAUGCAAGGACGAUAAAGGGAACACAAUCGGUAAUUGCAAGAAGGCUAAAUUUAGUUUGGGCUUUGAAUAAUGCUAAUUCUAGCCUAAGAAAAUCAUUAGAUGGUAGAAUAAAAAAAGAUUAUAAUUUUCUUAAUGUGCUUCAAAAUAAUGGUUACUCAAAAGAUGACUUUUGUUCUUAUAAAAAUGAGGUGAUCAAAUCAGUAUGCAAACUAUUAAAAAUUAAUUGUAAUAGUAAAAAUCUAAAAAGAACAUUUAAACGUUGUCAAGUGAUUUUUAGAAAAGAUGAUGCCUCUGUUAGCCAAGUUGAGUUGUUUCAAAAUGAUGUUAUUAUGUUAGACCAAGAAAACAAUCUCAGUAGAAAUACAGAACAGAGUGUAAAGAGAAGAUUGUUUAAUGAUGGUUCUCCUCGAAAAGAAAACAGUCAUGAAACCAAAAAUGUAGAAAAGUUUAGCCUAAAUUUUAAAUAUGAUGAUGUUGAAAACAAAGAACAAGAUUUUAUUAUCCAUAACCCUGAUUUAUUUAAUAGUCCAUUUGAAUUCAAUGAUGAUUACUGCUAUGAAACAAGAGUAGCUGAUAAUGAAAAAGAAAUUAUUUCUAUUCAAAAUAUAAAUAAAACCGAAGAACCAAUUAUUACCUUUAAACGCAAACUAGAAAUUUUCAACACUGGAGAUUUAUUUACACCGAAAAAGAGUUAUAAAUCUAUAGUUGUUUGUACUACACCAGAAGCAGAUUUAAGAGCGUUGCCUAGAAACUCGAAAAACGUGUAUCCCUUAAAUGUUAGAAAUUUAAGUAAUGGAGAUGGAUCAAAAAAGAUAACAGAUUUCAAGAAGUGUACUUUGGUAGGAAUCGUGAAUUUGCAGGACGAAGAGCUGAAACAUAUAAUCCCCAGUAUAGAGCAAAAAAAUGUUUUCAUUUCAGAUGAAAUUAAUGAUUUGUUACGUGAAACGUUUGAAACUGUAAAUAACUCAUGUGUGCUGACCAUUAAGAGGACGUCGCACCGGUCGUUUUCAGCAGUAAAAACACGUCCACGGAAAACAAAGAAAACACCACCAAAAAGUGGUUCUAGAUUAUGCAGAACUGAAUCGAUUUCAUUCAAUGUGGCGUCAAUUGGGUUGAAUACAUCUUCAUCCGUGCUGCGUAAUCUCCAACCGUUUCGCUUGAUGUUGUAUGGGUAA